AUGUCCAAAGACGCACACCCCUGUAAAGUCGUUUUGGCCGGCAAUAUAGCCAAAGGGCUCCUCAGCGAGGUGCAGGCGGGCCUCAGCACCCUGGGUCGCAAACCACAUCUGCUCGGGAUACUUGCCAACAGCGACCCGGCCGCCAAAGUGUAUGCAGACUGGACGGAGAAGACGUGCAAAGAGAAUGGCUUCCAGUAUUCGCUGAAGGACGUGGGCAAAGACGAUGUCGAAGAGACGAUCAUGGCGGCCAACAACGACGCGGCGGUGGAUGGCAUCAUUGUCUACUACCCGAUCUUCCACAACCGACAAGACCAGUACCUGCAGCAGAUUGUGGACGUGUCCAAGGAUGUGGAGGGCCUGAGCCACCAGUACAUCUUCAACAUGUACCAGAACAUCCGGUUCCUGGACUCGGCGCAGGGGCAGGAGCAGGAGCACGCCAGGAAGUCUAUCUUGCCGUGUACGCCUCUGGCGGUGAUCAAGAUCCUCGAGUACCUGCACAUCUACAACACGAUUCUCCCGUACGGCAACCGGCUCUUCGGCCGCACCAUCUGCGUCGUCAACCGGUCGGAAGUGGUGGGCCGCCCGCUGGCCGCGCUGCUGGCCAACGACGGCGCCUGUGUCUACAGCGUCGACAUCACCGGCGUGCAGCAGUUCACGCGCGGCGAGGGCAUUCGCAAGCGGAAGCACGAGGUCGUCGAGAAGGUCGGCUGGUCCAUCGAAAACUGCGCCCCGCUGUGCGACGUCGUCAUCACCGGCGUCCCCGGCGACAAAUACAAAUUCCCCUGUCACCUGUUGAAGGAGGGCGCCGUAUGCAUCAACUUUGCCAGUGAGAAGAACUUUGGGCCCGAAGUCAAGCAGAAGGCCUCCAUCUAUGUGCCAGCGAUCGGCAAAGUCACCAUCGUCGUCCUCCUUCGCAAUCUGCUGCGCAUCGUACAGAACCGACAAGCACAGAUCGCCCAAGCGACUUCCAGAUCCUCCGACACGGCGAUUCCCCAACCCGCCGCGAACGGCACAACAUCAUAG